GGGCGGCGCCCGUGGACCAACAACACAAAAGCAGGAGAUCACCUGGUUAGCCCUCUCCGCAAAACACGCGCUUUCAGCGCCGCGCCUGUCGAAGGACUUGCAGAAGGUCCAGAAUAGAGUCCUAAAAAACAAAGGCAUCCGGAAAUCGGUUGCACAAUGAUGUCGUAUUCAACCAUGAGCGCAAUCUCCAGACAACGACGGGCUGUACAGUAUUUAGCCACAAGUAGCCGAAGUUUCAAUGCUGCAGCACGAGAUAAAGAGCCUGUAGAGCAAUCAAACCCCGUAGAAAACCAGUACUAUAAGUGGAGAAAGCCGUGGACAGAAGUUGAUGGAUACCAACCGAGUCAAAUAGGAUUGUUUUUCCCGCACGGCGCCAAUGUUAACUUUUUGAAAAUCAUGCAGAAAAAAUACGACUUCAGUCCGAAGGGAUUCAUGAAUUGGGUAGAAAAAAUGAAACUCGACCGGGAGAAGUUUAGGCAAAGAUACAUCCCUGAGAGGCACAGGAUUCUUGGGCCUGACUUGGCCACUGCACACUUCAUUGUGUUUCGAGGCGGCUCUGUCCGAUUUCACAACGGCAACAAGUGGAUCAAGGAGGACGAAGAGGGAAACAUGAACCUGCCGUCAAACUUCGUCCCAGAUGUUCACCUGGAGGCGGUCGACGCUUCCAACCUCAAUUUAAUGUACGACGCGCUACAGAAUUUUGUCUUUCUUGAGAAGCUCAAGUGGCUGAGUUUUGCGAACAACAAGUACUUGGAUGAUUGGUUUCUGGACAAACUCAGUGGCGAAUUCAACGCACUUGAGUACUUGGACAUAAGCGGCUGUAAAAGAGUGACCCACAAGGGAAUUUCGAUUCUGCACAGGUUGGAAAAUCUAAAGGAGCUGCACGUUGCAGACAUGUCCUCUGAAGUUGAGUUCAAGCUGGCCUGUCUGUCAUUACAAGAGUCAAAACCGCAGCUAGAAAUUCGGGGCCUUGAUCUUUCCGACGCUGAAGGUGACGAGAACAAAAACUAGUGUAUUUUCAAUCCAAUAAAUUAUUUUAACUGUUUCAACUAAAAGGCUUUUAAACCUAUAAGGGUGGGAAAUCAAUGUUGCGUAGUUAUGUGUUUUUAUUUUUUAUUUCUAGAAGUAAUAAAAUGAUAAGAUUUCCAGCAGUCAGCAGUAAUAAUGGCUAGUCGAAACCAAAUGAGUACAAUGUUCGCGACUGAUUCUGUUAGCCUGAUCUGUCGAUGGAAAUGAAAAGAGUAGCCCGUGGUACUCUGCUACAACAAUAAAUACAAACAUCGUAAAUGUACUUUUUUCAUACUUUUUUAAGUAAGGAGCGAUUUUAGUUAUACACAAGAUUUGAAAAAUACCCCAUGGUUCACCUGAGAGUCGAAUGCAAUUAAACGACAUAAUAGCCUUUUGAUUAAGCACAAAGGGAAAAUGCAAGAAGUCAACGGUUUGUAUGCAAUUUCAGUAACAAAAAAGGAGGGGGG